UGCAUUGCAGGAAUUGGACAAGCAGCAGGUCACUUGAGCAAAGAAAAACAGCACUGCACAGUACACACCUGAGCUGCUGGGUGCACAGCACUUGAAGCAAGCAUGUCUGUGUCACCGUUGAUCCUCGCCGUUCUUGUCGUGGGCAGCGUUUGCACUGCUCCCCGCACUCUCGCCGCGCGCGAGCUGGCCGGGGAGGACGCCGCUGCCGACGCGGUCAUGGCGGCGCGGCACGAGAAGUGGAUGGCGCAGCACGGGCGCACGUACAAGGACGAGGCGGAGAAGGCGCGGCGGCUGGAGAUAUUCCGGGCCAACGCGAAGCUUAUUGACUCGUUUAACGCUGCAGGGGAGAACGGCCACCGGCUGGCCACGAACAGGUUCGCCGACCUCACCGACGAGGAGUUCCGGGCGGCCAGGACCGGGUACCGGCGCCCGCUGCCGGCUGCGGGGAGCGGCCGGUUCAGGUACGAGAACUUGAGCCUGGCCGACGCGCCGCAGAGCAUGGACUGGAGGAGGAUGGGCGCGGUCACCGGCGUCAAGGACCAAGGCUCCUGUGGUUGUUGCUGGGCGUUCUCGGCGGUGGCGGCGGUGGAAGGGUUGAACAAGAUCCGGACAGGGCGGCUGGUGUCGCUGUCGGAGCAGGAGCUGGUGGACUGCGACGUCUACGGCGACGACCAGGGCUGCGACGGCGGCCUCAUGGACAACGCCUUCAGCUUCAUCGCGGCCCGCGGCGGGCUGGCCUCCGAGUCCGCCUACCCGUACCGCGAAGAGGACGGGUCAUGCCGCUCGUCGGCCGCCGCCGUGCGGGCCGCGUCCAUCCGUGGCCACGAGGACGUCCCCGCCAACAACGAGGCCGCGCUCGCGGCGGCCGUGGCGCACCAGCCCGUGUCCGUGGCCAUCAACGGCGCCGACUACGUGUUCCGGUUCUACGACGGCGGCGUGCUGGGCGGGACCGGCUGCGACACGGAGCUGAACCACGCCAUCACGGCCGUCGGGUACGGCACGGCGAGCGACGGCACCAUGUACUGGGUGAUGAAGAACUCGUGGGGCACGUCGUGGGGCGAGGGCGGGUACGUGAGGAUCCGCCGCGGCGUCCGCGGGAAGGGCGUCUGCGGCCUCGCCAAGCUGCCGUCCUACCCGGUCUAGCUACUGUUUCAUCGAAUACAAGCGAUGCACGGGUGGUGUUCCGUUCGGUGCCCGCACGUGCCGCACAUGACACGUCACACGUGCAUGGCAGAUUCGACUAGGUAAGGCUAGACUAAUAUUCUAAAUUAAUAAUAGUAAUUAAGAUGUGUAUUGUACAUACUACAGCAGUACUACAGCAUCAUGUGUGUAGAUGGUUACUUCGUGGUGGUCGUCGACCCAUCACCCAUGCGUGAACAAGAACGCUCGGGUUUGAAUCGUACGUACAUGAUGGGUACGUGUAUUGUACUGUACAGAUUGGUUUGAAACCAGGGAAACUCCAUUAUGGACAUAAAUUGAAACCAGAUUGGCUUGUAUUGUAA